GUUAAAUACUGCUUCCAUAAUAGCUAAAUAGAAUCCUUCAACUCCGUCUAAAUUGCCUAAAUACUUUUACAUGAUCUCGAAAUGAGUAUAAGGAUUUUGAAGUGAUGAUUUACAUAUUACAUAGUGAAAAAUUGGAAUCAUUUCAUCUGUGCUUAUUAUUGAAGGCUAUCUUGUGUAUUAGUUAUAAUAGUCAAUUAUGGCAGAAUAAAUACUUCUGAAACAAACGACUAAUUAUUUAACUUUAUGAUGAGGAGUUUAUCGAAAUUAAAUUAAUUUUAAAGAUUCAAUAGCAUUUUAAAAUGGGGA